CUUGAUGGAGAUACUGAUGUUAAACCCCAAGAUCCAAUGUGGUGUCGGACAUAAGAAGACCAUCGCUGUAUCUGUGUCCAAAUCUACCUCCGUAAACUCCGCUCCGCUUAACGAAACCAUGAGGCACUGGCGAUCAUGGAUAUAAAUACCAUGCUAGCACCCAGAAAUAGCCUUCGUUCCAUCGAACUAACAGCCAGCAACGACAAUUUCAUUUCAAUUGACAGCUACAUCCUUCGUCACCAAAGCAAGAAGCAGAAGAGUUGACAAUGUCCGUCGACGAAGUGGUCUCGACCCAACGCCGCAACCUCCCCCUCCUCGCCACCCCGGAGGCCGUCACAGGGAGAACCUACAUCGUGACCGGGGCGAACACCGGCCUUGGCUUCGAAGCAGCGAAGCAUCUCGUCGCGCUCGGAGCCGGCAAGGUCAUCCUUGCAGUCCGGAGUAUCGAGGCUGGCGAGAGGGCGAAAGACGCGAUCAACAAAAGUAGCGGUCGUCCAGGCGUGGUGCAGGUGUGGCACCUGGACCUCAGCAGUUUCGACUCGGUGAAGGCGUUUGCGCAGCGGGCAAUUGCAGAGUUGGAGCGCAUCGACGCGGUGAUUGAGAAUGCCGCGGUGGCGAUGAUGGGCCCCGUCCGUGCGGAGGGCCAUCUCCUGGCGGUGACGGUGAAUGUGCUGGGUACGUUCUUGUUGGCUGUGCUGUUGGCGGGCAAGAUGCGGGAGAGUGCGGAGAGGAGUGGCGGUGGACUCGUUAGGGUGGUGGUUGUGACGAGUCGCGUCGGGUUCACAGCUGAGGAGGAGUGGCAGCGGAUCUGCGAGGAUCCGCUGGUGGGCAUGGAACAAGAUGAGGGGUUGCAGGUUAAGAGUUAUCCUCUGUCGAAGCUGAUGGAGAUCUUGGCGCUGAAGCACCUCGCGACUUUACUGCCCGUCGAGCGCACCGGGGUGGUCUUCAAUCUGGUUUGUCCCGGUCUUUGCACGACUGAGCUGAUCCGUAAUGCUCCCCCGGACUAUAAGGCGCAGGUCACCGAUAUGAACCAGCUUUACGGGCGAACGGCAGAAGAUGGGAGUCGGACGCUGCUGCAUGGUGCGGUGGCGGGGUCCGAGUCUCAUGGGUGUCUGCUACAUUCGUGCGAGAUGGGCGAGAAUGAUGUGCCCAACUGGGUGACCGACGACGAAGGGAAAGCAAUGCAGAAACGAAUGUGGGAUGCUGUUGCCGAGGUGUUGGAGUCGGUUGAGCCGGGAUGUGUGGACGCCAUGCUGAAGCAGUAGUUGAAUGGUCGGCCAUCAUCGCGAAAAAGACUGGCUAGGGUCAUUGCUUUAGAAAGUAACUCUCAAGUAAUAAGUUGCACUCUCUUGUUCAUACCUCU